CGGAUGGCCAGGAGAAAUUUUCGCGGAACGCGGAUGGCUCAUGUGGACUCCCAAAAUCGUCCGGAAUCAUUCAGGAGGAUUUCCAGACCGAAACCCUCAAAAUCCGGAUUCCAGGUGAAAACAUCCGGAAUGUACCUGACAUUCCGGAUGUUUACCCUUGACGUCACGGAAAGUAAUUGUCCGAAAACUGUCCGGGAACAAACAACCCUGGCAGAAAUGGGUGUGCUUCGGGAAUGGCCAUUCGGACAGUUUUCCGAAUGAAGGUAUGACUCAUCCCGGACAGUUUUCGGACAGUUUUCGUGCACACUCGGGAAACCCAAACGUCGGUAAACAGUCCCAAAAAUGCCUGUAACCUGCCCAAAUUGGCCCAGUGCAUUACGGCGUACAGUUCUGUAGCCAUGGUAAUCGUUUUCAGAACGUUGUAUCAUAUAGAUAUAAUGAUUUCAACCCUACCAAACAAUGCAACCAAUAAAUAAAACACACAAACCACAAUCAUAUCCACUGAUCCCCAAAGACAACACCAACCAGAACCAACCCCAUAACAGACACCGCCACCCCAUCGGUUUAAACAAUACUAACACACGCGAUGGCCACAUGACACUACGGAAGCUUCCGGGCCACGCCCGCCGCUGCUGGCCGAGCGGAACCAGCUCCCGCCACCGAGACAGGCUUGAGCGCAGAGAAGGCGCUCUCAUGGACGUAGAGGCCGUAAUCACCCCACUUGAAGGCGCUCCAUCGCCUCUCAUACCCCCUCUCCUCAACCCUCUGGCUACGAAGGAAUGAGUCCACUGUCGCAGUCACGAGCUCUGCAAGUCCAGCCAGGGCUGCUGCAUUCUUUUUUGGCGACUUCGAUAGGUGCAUGCGAUCAUCCUUGAACCAGCGCAUGCCCCAGUCAACCUGCAUGCGCGUGGUCAACAUUUGGAGAAGAGGAGGCACGGUGGUUAGGGGGAAAGGGUUUAAAAAGUUUAAAAACCAGCGAGCCAGGAUACUUGGAUCCCUGGACCAACCGCCCAUCAGCCAUAAACAGGCAACAGCCCAUAAACACCCUGCCGGAAAGGUGCGCAAUGGUAACUCACCGACAGCAACACCCAUGCCAUGUGGCAUGGGUGCAGAACGAGCUUCCCCUCGACCUCCCAAUCACCAAACGCGGCAACCGCGGCUUGAAAAAAGACGCGCCCCGCGAGCGGCCGCGGGUCAUUGCGCCUGCUAGACCAUGUGCUCACCAACUCCCCUCGGUGACGCUCUGCCAGGAAUCUUGGACCAUGGAGCGCGUGGAUACUAAAGAACAGUUCAAGCGGCCACAUAAUGCUAAGGCCCGUACAUAAUUGGAGGGAAGGGAGACGAACACGCCCCACAUGGUCGAAACGAACGAGUGCAGCCAUGUGGGCGGAGGGUGUGUGACAUGGGAUCAGCGGAUAAGAGGUGGUGGGUGUGUGAGGACAGCGGCGAGGAGAAAAAGUGGAGAAUGCGGCAGUGGAUA